AGAACCGAACCCGAAAUGUAUCCGAAUUCGAAAUAAAUCCUGUGAGGCUGUGACUUUUCUAUAUAACCAAACCCGGACCAACAGGACGCACCACCAAAAAACAGCUUUAGCUCUCCUUCUCUCUCUCUUUUUGUUCUCUCGCUUAACCCUGUGGAAGAUGGUGGCGUUAGAAAGGAGCCUAGAAGCAGCCAUGAAUGCGAGGAUAAUAGGGAGUGGGAGUGAGACGAUGGUGCUAGCACAUGGGUUUGGAGGAGACCAAUCUGUGUGGGACAAAGUCCUCCCUUGCUUGACAAAGCAUUACCAGGUUGUCCUUUUUGACUGGACUUUUUCAGGGGCUGUAAAAGAUCCCAACCUCUUCGAUCCUUUGAAAUACUCUUCUUAUGAUGCCUUUGCUGAUGACUUGAUUGCUCUUUUGGAUGAGCUUCACUUGGAAUCCUCCCUCGUCUUUGUCGGUCACUCCAUGUCUGGUAUGAUCGGAUGCAUUGCUUCCAUUAAAAGACCUCAACUUUUUAACAGGCUUAUACUUGUUGCUGCUUCUCCUAGGUAUAUCAACAUAGAUGAUUACGAAGGUGGAUUCGACGAUGCAACAAUCGACGGCAUCAUAUCGAGCAUCGAAUCCGACUACGAAAACUGGACAUCAAAUUUCGCACUACUCGUCGUCGACAAUUCAGACCCGAUAUCGGUCAACAACCUUGCAAAAUGCUUGAAGAGGAUGAGGCAUGAAUUUGCAGUCCCUUUAGCCAAAACAGUGUUUCGCAGCGACAAAAGGGACAUCCUAGACGAGGUAACCACACCAUGCACCAUUAUCCAGACCACAAAUGACAUUGUCGUGCCGGGUUCAGUUGCCGACUACAUGCACAAGAAGAUCAAAGGGAAAUCAACGGUUGAGAUUGUCAACACCAAUGGUCAUUUCCCUCAGCUGACAGCACAUCUUGAGUUCCUUGCUGUGCUUGCUGGAGUUUUAGGCUUUGAAAUUUGAACCAAAAAAUAAAAGAUAACAUCAGAAAUAAAUAUAUGGUCAUUGGAAUAUAUACAUAUUUAUGGCUUUUAACAUGUGUGUGUGUGGGGUUGGCCUUUGUAGAGUAUAUCUAGAUUUUUUAUUAGUAAUAUUUGUUUGGUCUUUAUUUUAGUGUUAUUGUUGUACUUUUCUUCUUCUUCUUCUUCUUUUGGCUAAGCAAUAUACUUGGGAAACAA